GGUUUCCAUUAGCUAGGGCAAAAACCAGAGAAGAACCAAGAGGAAGAAGACGAUGGAGGGAGGAGGAGGAGCGACAUCAGAUGCUGUUGGCGACAAAGAACGAUCUUUACCUGCUGAAAUUGCUAUUGCUACUGCUAAAAAUGGUUUAUGGGGAGCUGCUUUCGGUGCUUUGUAUAGUAGGAUUCCAACUAAGCGUGUUACUCUUCAGACUCCUUUAAUUUCAGUUCGUAAUGUCGCUGUUUUAGCUGGUGUCUAUGGAGGUACGAUGUGUGCUAUGAGAGAAAUCAGAGGGAAAGAGAAAGACGAUACCAAGGCUUGCAUGGUGGCAGGUUUUACUUCCGGAUUCACGUUUUACUUGGUUGCGAGGAGGCCUUCUACUCUUAGAGUACCAACUGCUGCAAUUGGAGUAGGGCUCUUCUUUGCAGGUUUUAAUGGUCUUCUGCAUGAGGUAGAUGGCCGUAUUCGGGGUACAGCAAUGGAGGAUACACAUGUUUUCGGAGCUAGAAAAGGCUGAAAUCCCUGUUGGAGCAAGGAUUCUAAUACUGAACCACAUUGAAAGGGAUCCUGGUUUUCGAAAGAUGUGGGGAAGCUGAAAACAUACAUGUGUGACUGAUGGUGAACAAUUGAGUUAUAUAUAUUAUGUAAAGGGAUAUAAGCUGUUGUUGGGUGAAUUACGAACCUUUCACUAGUAAGUUCUACUAAAUUUAACUUAUAGUUAGUGGUAAUAGUAGGUAUAACCAUGUAGUUGAAAACACAAUGAUCUUAGUAUGUAAUGGAAAGCUUUUGUCAUGAGUUGAAGUU